AUGGGGAUCUCCAUGGUCAUCCUUGAAAUAUGUCUUUUAUUGGGUCAAGUUCUAUUUACAGAUGUGGCCUUGAGGCUGGUGAACGGAGAGGGCCGGUGUCAGGGCCGGGUGGAGGUCCUGUACCGGGGCUCGUGGGGCACCGUGUGUGACGACGGCUGGGACACCAAUGACGCCAACGUGGUGUGCAGGCAGCUCGACUGUGGCCCAGCUCUGUCAGCACCAGGAAGUGCCCACUUUGGUCAGGGCUCAGGGUCUAUUGUCCUGGACGACGUGGGCUGCUCUGGAAACGAGUCCUACCUGUGGAGCUGUCCCCACAACGGCUUGCUCUCGCACAAUUGCGGCCACGGGGAAGACGCCAGUGUCAUCUGCUCAGGGACCCAAACGAGUUUGGCCGUGCGGCUGGUGAACGGAGGUGACCGGUGUCAGGGCCGGGUGGAGGUCCUGUACCGAGGCUCGUGGGGCACCGUGUGUGACGACGCCUGGGGCACCAACGACGCCGACGUGGUGUGCAGGCAGCUGGGCUGUGGCCGGGCCACGUCGGCCCCAGGAAGUGCCCGCUUCAGUCAGGGCUCGGGGCCGAUUCUCCUGGACAACGUGGGCUGCUCAGGACACGAGUCCGACCUGUGGAGCUGCAGCCACAACGGCUGGAACAGCCACAACUGUGGUCACCACGAGGAUGCCGGUGUCGUCUGCUCAGCGAGGAAGCAGAACUGCUUUGGAGCCAUGACGGCACAGUGGGCCGCAGAGAGCGCCCACCGUUCUGCGGCCAGACAGAACGGGCCUCCUCCUUCUCGGCGGGGUCGAGGGCUCAGUCCACACCCGCGUUUCCUCUGGGGCUUCCUUCUCGGCGCACCGCUUUUGGGGGUGCCGUUGGAAAAUGGGUCACCCUCACCCCUCGACGGGUGCCUUCAUUUGGGUCUUCCCAGCAGCCGACUCAGAGAACAGGAUUCCAGGCUCCGGUGUGAACCGGGGAGGGCGAGAAGAGCAGUGGGGAAGGGGGCCGCCGGGCUGUGGGCGCUUAUGAGCCAGCGAGGCCGCUGGGGCUGGAGCUCGAUCCCCAGCAGGGUCUCGGGGGCGGCCCGAUUAGUCUCGGACUCCCUGCCCCGGGGCCGCCGGAAUGGGCUCUUCCCCCAGAACUGCUGGGACCCCUGCUUGCUGUUGCCACGCAGGGGAGUUGAGGCGGUGGCCGUGGCGGCCUGUCCCGGGCGUGCCAAGGGGCCGUCCUAUUCCGGAGAGGAGGAAGCCCCCAGGCCCAGCCAGGCAGGCAGGCACUGGCGGUGGGAUAGAGGGCGGAGCUCCCGGAGGACCCGCAGGUUCGCGGCGCUGGGGGGCGGUGUGCGCGCAGCGGGCGCGCCAGCAGCCUCAGCUCGGCGUGAGCCCCUGCGCCUCUUCCACCUCGGAGACCAGCUGGGGCCCCUGCGCGCUUUGCGUCCGACUUUCCUUCUCUUUCUCGCAGACGUGCGGUCCCGGUCCACACUCGUGCCGUCCGCCGGGCCCAACACGAGCCCAGGUGUGGCGCCCGCGACAGGUGACGGGCCGCUGUCCCGGGUGGAGGGCGGGAGAGUGCCUGGACCGCCCGUGUCGGGCCCAGGUCCCAUCCUCUGCUGGGACGUGGGAGAGCCCAGGCAGGACCACGCAGGGGCCAACAAGCUCCCCACAGGGCCCCAGAGUCUGGAACACGCCUCUGGCCUGGGACCUCAGGAGAGACACGGAGGAGGUGUUCUUGUGCUCCCCCUAGGGACCGAACCGAGUUUGGCCGUGCGGCUGGUGAACGGAGGUGACCGGUGUCAGGGCCGGGUGGAGGUCCUGUACCGAGGCUCGUGGGGCACCGUGUGUGACGACGCCUGGGGCACCAACGACGCCGACGUGGUGUGCAGGCAGCUGGGCUGUGGCCGGGCCACGUCGGCCCCAGGAAGUGCCCGCUUCAGUCAGGGCUCGGGGCCGAUUCUCCUGGACAACGUGGGCUGCUCAGGACACGAGUCCGACCUGUGGAGCUGCAGCCACAACGGCUGGAACAGCCACAACUGUGGUCACCACGAGGAUGCCGGUGUCGUCUGCUCAGGUGGGCCUCCGAGAUCCCCGGACCCCCUCCCGGGUGUUCUUGUGCUCCCCCUAGGGACCGAACCGAGUUUGGCCGUGCGGCUGGUGAACGGAGGUGACCGGUGUCAGGGCCGGGUGGAGGUCCUGUACCGAGGCUCGUGGGGCACCGUGUGUGACGACGCCUGGGGCACCAACGACGCCGACGUGGUGUGCAGGCAGCUGGGCUGUGGCCGGGCCACGUCGGCCCCAGGAAGUGCCCGCUUCAGUCAGGGCUCGGGGCCGAUUCUCCUGGACAACGUGGGCUGCUCAGGACACGAGUCCGACCUGUGGAGCUGCAGCCACAACGGCUGGAACAGCCACAACUGUGGUCACCACGAGGAUGCCGGUGUCGUCUGCUCAGGGACCGAACCGAGUUUGGCCGUGCGGCUGGUGAACGGAGGUGACCGGUGUCAGGGCCGGGUGGAGGUCCUGUACCGAGGCUCGUGGGGCACCGUGUGUGACGACGCCUGGGGCACCAACGACGCCGACGUGGUGUGCAGGCAGCUGGGCUGUGGCCGGGCCACGUCGGCCCCAGGAAGUGCCCGCUUCAGUCAGGGCUCGGGGCCGAUUCUCCUGGACAACGUGGGCUGCUCAGGACACGAGUCCGACCUGUGGAGCUGCAGCCACAACGGCUGGAACAGCCACAACUGUGGUCACCACGAGGAUGCCGGUGUCGUCUGCUCAGGUGGGCCUCCGAGAUCCCCGGACCCCCUCCCGGGUGUUCUUGUGCUCCCCCUAGGGACCGAACCGAGUUUGGCCGUGCGGCUGGUGAACGGAGGUGACCGGUGUCAGGGCCGGGUGGAGGUCCUGUACCGAGGCUCGUGGGGCACCGUGUGUGACGACGCCUGGGGCACCAACGACGCCGACGUGGUGUGCAGGCAGCUGGGCUGUGGCCGGGCCACGUCGGCCCCAGGAAGUGCCCGCUUCAGUCAGGGCUCGGGGCCGAUUCUCCUGGACAACGUGGGCUGCUCAGGACACGAGUCCGACCUGUGGAGCUGCAGCCACAACGGCUGGAACAGCCACAACUGUGGUCACCACGAGGAUGCCGGUGUCGUCUGCUCAGGUGGGCCUCCGAGAUCCCCGGACCCCCUCCCGGGCGAGGGGGGGACCAUCUUUGCUGAGAACAGACACACACUUCCCGCCCUCCCGGGGCCCCCACCCGAGCCCCUCCCAGAGAUCCUGUGCCUCCCAAGGUGGCCCGCGGGCAGCUGGCCCCGAAAGCGAAAGCUCGAGGUUCGGGGGGUGGGGGGGGGAGCGGCGGGGUCAGCUCCCCUCCCCUCUUCGGCCAACAGCGAGGAAGCAGAACUGCUUUGGAGCCGUGACGGCACAGUGGGCCGCAGAGAGCGCCCACCGUUCUGCGGCCAGACAGAACGGGCCUCCUCCUUCUCAGCAGGGGGAGUUGAGGCGGUGGCCGUGGCGGCCUGUCCCGGGCGUGCCAAGGGGCCGUCCUAUUCCGGAGAGGAGGAAGCCCCCAGGCCCAGCCAGGCAGGCAGGCACUGGCGGUGGGAUAGAGGGCGGAGCUCCCGGAGGACCCGCAGGUUCGCGGCGCUGGGGGGCGGUGUGCGCGCAGCGGGCGCGCCAGCAGCCUCAGCUCGGCGUGAGCCCCUGCGCCUCUUCCACCUCGGAGACCAGCUGGGGCCCCUGCGCGCUUUGGGUCCGACUUUCCUUCUCUUUCUCGCAGACGUGCGGGCCCGGUCCACACUCCUGCCGUGCCGGAUUCCCUCCAUCCCUCACUCCUUGCAGCACCCUCAGGUUCAGCAGGGUCACCUCCGCAUCCACGACUGGCAGAGACGGUGCCCAGGGGACGGGAGGGGAAUGAGUGAUUGUGGGGCUCCGGGGACCGGGAGACCCGAUCGGCUCCUGGUCCACUCUGCCCGGCGGCGCCUGCCUUUUCUGUGCGAGCCGCGGCGUCUGGGCAUCCCCUGGGACGGGCCACCGCCGGGCCCAACACGAGCCCAGGUGUGGCGCCCGCGACAGCGGGAUGCUGGCCCAGACGCUGAGCUAAGGGCCUCCUCCAGGGGCUCAGCGUCCGCCCUGGAGUCCUCGCGGGUCCUGCCGGGACCUGGCUCCUGGCUCCCAGGCGACGGGCCGCUGUCCCGGGUGGAGGGCGGGAGAGUGCCUGGACCGCCCGUGUCGGGCCCAGGUCCCAUCCUCUGCUGGGACGUGGGAGAGCCCAGGCAGGACCACGCAGGGGCCAACAAGCUCCCCACAGGGCCCCAGAGUCUGGAACACGCCUCUGGCCUGGGACCUCAGGAGAGACACGGAGGAGGUGUUCUUGUGCUCCCCCUAGGGACCGAACCGAGUUUGGCCGUGCGGCUGGUGAACGGAGGUGACCGGUGUCAGGGCCGGGUGGAGGUCCUGUACCGAGGCUCGUGGGGCACCGUGUGUGACGACGCCUGGGGCACCAACGACGCCGACGUGGUGUGCAGGCAGCUGGGCUGUGGCCGGGCCACGUCGGCCCCAGGAAGUGCCCGCUUCAGUCAGGGCUCGGGGCCGAUUCUCCUGGACAACGUGGGCUGCUCAGGACACGAGUCCGACCUGUGGAGCUGCAGCCACAACGGCUGGAACAGCCACAACUGUGGUCACCACGAGGAUGCCGGUGUCGUCUGCUCAGGUGGGCCUCCGAGAUCCCCGGACCCCCUCCCGGGCGAGGGGGGGACCAUCUUUGCUGAGAACAGACACACACUUCCCGCCCUCCCGGGGCCCCCACCCGAGCCCCUCCCAGAGAUCCUGUGCCUCCCAAGGUGGCCCGCGGGCAGCUGGCCCCGAAAGCGAAAGCUCGAGGUUCAGGGGGUGGGGGGGGGAGCGGCGGGGUCAGCUCCCCUCCCCUCUUCGGCCAACAGCGAGGAAGCAGAACUGCUUUGGAGCCGUGACGGCACAGUGGGCCGCAGAGAGCGCCCACCGUUCUGCGGCCAGACAGAACGGGCCUCCUCCUUCUCAGCAGGGGGAGUUGAGGCGGUGGCCGUGGCGGCCUGUCCCGGGCGUGCCAAGGGGCCGUCCUAUUCCGGAGAGGAGGAAGCCCCCAGGCCCAGCCAGGCAGGCAGGCACUGGCGGUGGGAUAGAGGGCGGAGCUCCCGGAGGACCCGCAGGUUCGCGGCGCUGGGGGGCGGUGUGCGCGCAGCGGGCGCGCCAGCAGCCUCAGCUCGGCGUGAGCCCCUGCGCCUCUUCCACCUCGGAGACCAGCUGGGGCCCCUGCGCGCUUUGGGUCCGACUUUCCUUCUCUUUCUCGCAGACGUGCGGGCCCGGUCCACACUCCUGCCGUGCCGGAUUCCCUCCAUCCCUCACUCCUUGCAGCACCCUCAGGUUCAGCAGGGUCACCUCCGCAUCCACGACUGGCAGAGACGGUGCCCAGGGGACGGGAGGGGAAUGAGUGAUUGUGGGGCUCCGGGGACCGGGAGACCCGAUCGGCUCCUGGUCCACUCUGCCCGGCGGCGCCUGCCUUUUCUGUGCGAGCCGCGGCGUCUGGGCAUCCCCUGGGACGGGCCACCACCGGGCCCAACACGAGCCCAGGUGUGGCGCCCGCGACAGCGGGAUGCUGGCCCAGACGCUGAGCUAAGGGCCUCCUCCAGGGGCUCAGCGUCCGCCCUGGAGUCCUCGCGGGUCCUGCCGGGACCUGGCUCCUGGCUCCCAGGCGACGGGCCGCUGUCCCGGGUGGAGGGCGGGAGAGUGCCUGGACCGCCCGUGUCGGGCCCAGGUCCCAUCCUCUGCUGGGACGUGGGAGAGCCCAGGCAGGACCACGCAGGGGCCAACAAGCUCCCCACAGGCCAGAGUCUGGAACACGCCUCUGGCCUGGGACCUCAGGAGAGACACGGAGGAGGUGUUCUUGUGCUCCCCCUAGGGACCGAACCGAGUUUGGCCGUGCGGCUGGUGAACGGAGGUGACCGGUGUCAGGGCCGGGUGGAGGUCCUGUACCGAGGCUCGUGGGGCACCGUGUGUGACGACGCCUGGGGCACCAACGACGCCGACGUGGUGUGCAGGCAGCUGGGCUGUGGCCGGGCCACGUCGGCCCCAGGAAGUGCCCGCUUCAGUCAGGGCUCGGGGCCGAUUCUCCUGGACAACGUGGGCUGCUCAGGACACGAGUCCGACCUGUGGAGCUGCAGCCACAACGGCUGGAACAGCCACAACUGUGGUCACCACGAGGAUGCCGGUGUCGUCUGCUCAGCCGCCGGGCCCAACACGAGCCCAGGUCCAUGACGAUGGCCCCAGAGUCUGGAACACGCCUCUGGCCUGGGACCUCAGGAGAGACACGGAGGAGGUGUUCUUGUGCUCCCCCUAGGGACCGAACCGAGUUUGGCCGUGCGGCUGGUGAACGGAGGUGACCGGUGUCAGGGCCGGGUGGAGGUCCUGUACCGAGGCUCGUGGGGCACCGUGUGUGACGACGCCUGGGGCACCAACGACGCCGACGUGGUGUGCAGGCAGCUGGGCUGUGGCCGGGCCACGUCGGCCCCAGGAAGUGCCCGCUUCAGUCAGGGCUCGGGGCCGAUUCUCCUGGACAACGUGGGCUGCUCAGGACACGAGUCCGACCUGUGGAGCUGCAGCCACAACGGCUGGAACAGCCACAACUGUGGUCACCACGAGGAUGCCGGUGUCGUCUGCUCAGGUGGGCCUCCGAGAUCCCCGGACCCCCUCCCGGGCGGGGGGGGGACCAUCUUUGCUGAGAACAGACACACACUUCCCGCCCUCCCGGGGCCCCCACCCGAGCCCCUCCCAGAGAUCCUGUGCCUCCCAAGGUGGCCCGCGGGCAGCUGGCCCCGAAAGCGAAAGCUCGAGGUUCAGGGGGUGGGGGGGGGAGCGGCGGGGUCAGCUCCCCUCCCCUCUUCGGCCAACAGCGAGGAAGCAGAACUGCUUUGGAGCCGUGACGGCACAGUGGGCCGCAGAGAGCGCCCACCGUUCUGCGGCCAGACAGAACGGGCCUCCUCCUUCUCAGCAGGGGGAGUUGAGGCGGUGGCCGUGGCGGCCUGUCCCGGGCGUGCCAAGGGGCCGUCCUAUUCCGGAGAGGAGGAAGCCCCCAGGCCCAGCCAGGCAGGCAGGCACUGGCGGUGGGAUAGAGGGCGGAGCUCCCGGAGGACCCGCAGGUUCGCGGCGCUGGGGGGCGGUGUGCGCGCAGCGGGCGCGCCAGCAGCCUCAGCUCGGCGUGAGCCCCUGCGCCUCUUCCACCUCGGAGACCAGCUGGGGCCCCUGCGCGCUUUGGGUCCGACUUUCCUUCUCUUUCUCGCAGACGUGCGGGCCCGGUCCACACUCGUGCCGUGCCGGAUUCCCUCCAUCCCUCACUCCUUGCAGCACCCUCAGGUUCAGCAGGGUCACCUCCGCAUCCACGACUGGCAGAGACGGUGCCCAGGGGACGGGAGGGGAAUGAGUGAUUGUGGGGCUCCGGGGACCGGGAGACCCGAUCGGCUCCUGGUCCACUCUGCCCGGCGGCGCCUGCCUUUUCUGUGCGAGCCGCGGCGUCUGGGCAUCCCCUGGGACGGGCCACGGGAUGCUGGCCCAGACGCUGAGCUAAGGGCCUCCUCCAGGGGCUCAGCGUCCGCCCUGGAGUCCUCGCGGGUCCUGCCGGGACCUGGCUCCUGGCUCCCAGGCGACGGGCCGCUGUCCCGGGUGGAGGGCGGGAGAGUGCCUGGACCGCCCGUGUCGGGCCCAGGUCCCAUCCUCUGCUGGGACGUGGGAGAGCCCAGGCAGGACCACGCAGGGGCCAACAAGCUCCCCACAGGCCAGAGUCUGGAACACGCCUCUGGCCUGGGACCUCAGGAGAGACACGGAGGAGGUGUUCUUGUGCUCCCCCUAGGGACCGAACCGAGUUUGGCCGUGCGGCUGGUGAACGGAGGUGACCGGUGUCAGGGCCGGGUGGAGGUCCUGUACCGAGGCUCGUGGGGCACCGUGUGUGACGACGCCUGGGGCACCAACGACGCCGACGUGGUGUGCAGGCAGCUGGGCUGUGGCCGGGCCACGUCGGCCCCAGGAAGUGCCCGCUUCGGUCAGGGCUCAGGGCUGAUUCUCCUGGACAACGUGGGCUGCUCAGGACACGAGUCCGACCUGUGGAGCUGCAGCCACAACGGCUGGAACAGCCACAACUGUGGUCACCACGAGGAUGCCGGUGUCGUCUGCUCAGGGUCGAGGGCUCAGUCCACACCCGCGUUUCCUCUGGGGCUUCCUUCUCGGCACAGGGCUUUCCACUGUGUCGCUGCGGGUUUGCCUUUGAGGCUGGUGAAUGGAGGUGACCGUUGUCAGGGCCAGAUGGAGGUCCUGUACCAAGGCUACUGGGGCACCUUGUGUGAUGACAGCUGGGAGACCCAGGACACAGACGUCAUCUGGUGGCAGCUGGGCUGUGGCCAUUAAGUGUCGGCCCUGGGUGGGGCCCACUUUGGUCAGGGCUCUGGGAAUACUCUCUUGGGUGCAGUGCUGGUGAAUGGAGGUGACUGGUGUCAGGGCCGGAUUGAGGUCUUGUACCAGGGCUCCUGGGGCACGGUGGGUGAUGACUUCUGGGACAUCAACUACGACAACGUGAUCUGCAGGAAAUUCGACUGUGGCCUAGCUCUCAACAACAACCAUGGCAACCACUUACUGGGAGACACAGACGCCAACAGGACCUUACGUUUGCUUCUGAGGCUGGUGAAUGGAGGUGACCGCUGUCAGGGUCGGGUGUAAGUCCUGUACCAAGGCUACUGGGACCCCGUGUGUGACGACAGCUGGGACACCCAGGAUGCAGACGUUGUCUGUCAGCAGCUCGGCUGUGGCCAUUCACUGUCGUCCUCGUGCAGGGCCCACUUUGGUCAUGGCUCAGGGAACAUUCUCUUGGGUGCAGUGUACUGCUCUGGAUGGGAGCCCUACCUCCACUGCCCCCACAGCAGGUGUUACGACCAGGAGUGUGGCCACAGGGAAGAUACCAGAGUCCUGUGUUCAGGUGCAGAUUCUAAUGUGGCCUUGAGGCUGGUGAACGGAGAGGGCCGGUGUCAGGGCCGGGUGGAGGUCCUGUACCGGGGCUCGUGGGGCACCGUGUGUGAUGACGGCUGGGACACCCAUGACGCCAACGUGGUGUGCAGGCAGCUCGACUGUGGCCCAGCUCUGUCAGCGCCAGGAAGUGCCCACUUUGGUCAGGGCUCAGGGCCUAUUGUCUUGGACAAUGUGGGCUGCUCGGGACACGAGUCCUACCUGUGGAGCUGCCCCCACAACGGCUGGCUCUCGCACAACUGCGGCCACGGGGAAGACGCCAGCGUCAUCUGCUCAGACGUGCGGUCCCGGUCCACACUCGUGCCGUCCGCCUGGCCCAACACGAGCCCAGGUGUGGCGCCCGCGACAGAUUGGCGGCACCCAUUCCCUACAACCACUGAGGGACCGUCUUCAAAUUGUGGUGGCUUCUUAUUCAGUGCCAGUGGGACAAUUUCCAGCCCAUCCUACCCUGGAUAUUACUCGAACAAUGCUAAGUGUGUCUGGGAGAUAGAAGUGAAUUCUGGCUACCGCAUAAACCUGGGCUUCAACCACCUGCAGUUGGAGUUACACAGUAGCUGCAAUUAUGAUUAUGUUGAAAUCUUUGAUGGGUCACUGAACAGCAAUAAUUUGCUGGGGAAAAUCUGUAAUGGCACCAGGCAAAUAUUCACAUCUUCUUACAACAGAAUAAUUGUUCAAUUCCGAAGUGAUGCCAGUGUCCAAAACACCGGCUUUUCUGCUUGGUAUAACUCCUUUCCAGGAGAUGCCAGUUUGAGAUUAGUCAAUUUCAACUCCUCCUUUGGUGCAUGUGCCGGGCUUGUGGAAAUUUAUCACGGCAGCCACUGGGGGACAAUAUGUGAUGAUUCCUGGGACAUUCAGGAUGCCCAGGUGGUCUGCAGACAGCUGGGGUGUGGAUAUGCAGUAUCAGCCCUGGGAAACGCCUAUUUUGGCCAUGGCUCUGGCCCCAUCACCCUGGACGAUGUGGUGUGCUCAGGAACGGAAUCUACUCUCUGGCAGUGCCGGAACCGAGGCUGGUUCUCCCAUAAUUGUGCCCACCGUGAAGAUGCUGGAGUCAUUUGCUCAGGAAACUACACAACAACCUCUGUUCCCAUGUACAUCACCCGUCCAACCACAAAUUAUUCCUGCGGAGGCUUCCUGUCCCAACCUUCAGGGCACCUCUCCAGCCCAUUCUAUCCUGGGAACUAUCCGAACAACGCCAAGUGUGUGUGGGACAUCGAAGUCCAAAACACCUACCGCGUGACUGUUGUCUUCAGAGAUGUCCAGCUUGAAGGAGGCUGUAACUACGACUACAUCGAGGUGUUCGAUGGUCCCCACCACAGUUCCCCUCUUAUCGCACGCGUCUGUGAUGGGUCAAGGGGCUCUUUCACCUCGUCGUCAAACUUCAUGUCUAUUCGCUUCAUCAGCGAUGGCAGUGUCACAAGGAGAGGCUUCCAGGCCGACUUCUACUCUAGUCCUUCCAAUGACAGCACCAAGCUGCUUUGUCGGUCGAAUCACAUGCAAGCCAGCGUGAGCAGAAGCUACCUCCAAUCCCUGGGCUAUUCUGCCGGGGACCUUGUCAUUCUCAGCUGGAACGGGAGCUACCAGUGUCGGCCCCAGAUAACGUCGAGCCAGGUGACAUUCACAAUUCCCUACUCAGGCUGCGGCACCCUCGAGCAGGUAGAUAAUGAUACCAUCACCUAUUCCAACGUCCUCAAAGCAGCAGUUUCAAGGGGCAUCAUCAAGAGAAACAAGGACCUCCACAUUCACGUCAGCUGCAGAAUGCUCGAGAACACCUGGGUUGACACAAUGUACAUUGCUAAUGACACCAUCGAGGUCGAGGAAGUCCAGUAUGGCAAUUUUGACGUGAACAUUUCCCUUUACACAUCCUCUUUAUUCUUGUAUCCCGUGACCAGCAGCCCACACUAUGUGGACCUGAACCAGAAUUUGUACCUUCAGGCUGAAAUCCUCCAUUCUGACGCCUCCCUGGACUUAUUUGUGGACACCUGUGUGGCGUCGCCAUAUUCCAAUGACUUUACGUCUCUGACUUAUGAUCUAAUCCGGAGCGGGUGUGUGAAGGAUGAAACCUACCAAUCCUACGCUCCGCCGUCGCCCCGCAUCGCCCGCUUCAAAUUCAGUUCCUUCCACUUUGUGAACCGCUUCCCCUCCUUGUACCUGAAGUGUAAGAUGGUGGUGUGCAAGGCGUACGACUCCUCUUCCCGCUGCCACAGAGGCUGUGUGGUGAGGGCCAAGAGGGACGUGGGCUCCUACCAGGAGAAGGUGGACGUCGUCCUGGGGCCCAUCCGACUGCAGGGCCCGCACACCAAGGAGAGGAGCCUGGCCCUGCCGGCUAACGUGGAGGAGCAGGCCAGCACACAGGGGAGCUACCACAGCGCUGCCGUCUCUGCUGGGGUCUUCCUGGUCAUGGUCCUGGUUGUGGCAGCCUUCACCCUGGGGAGGAACACCCGCGCUGCCAGUUACCAGCCUCUGAGCUCUAAGAUGUGA